CUCUGAAAGCGCUUUAGCUUUGCAAACGCAGCUCUCGGGAUGCAGCCGGCACUAGGACCUGCCUGGAGCCUCUACGCCCCAGCCUGUACAGAAGGGAUAAAUACAGCCCAGCCCGCCGGCUGCGGGCGGCACAGCCGCGCUGCCGCCGAGGAGCCCCCGCACCCCGACCCCCGGCGCGGAGGGGCCGGGGCCCCCUGGCUGCCGAUGCUCCAGCUCUGCAAGGUCACGGCCUCCCUGUUCCUCGGCACGGCCAGGGCAGCCUGCGACGAGGAGCUGCUGUCGCGGGAGGGGGUGACCUUCUGCAUCAAUGUCACCAGGCAGCAGCCGUUCCCCGGCCUCCCGCGGGUGCGCGGCAUUCGCGUGCCCGUGUUCGACGACCCGGCCGAGGACCUGUACCGGUACUUCGAGCCGUGCGGCGCCGCCAUCGAGGAGGCCCUGCGGGGCGGGGGGAAGUGCCUGGUGUACUGCAAGAACGGCCGCAGCCGCUCGGCUGCCAUUUGCACGGCUUAUCUGAUGAGGCACCGACAGCUCCCGCUCAAGGACGCGUUUGAGGCUGUGAAGACUGCCAGACCUGUAGCAGAACCCAACGCAGGAUUUUGGUCUCAGCUGCAGAGAUAUGAAGAAGAUUUGCAGAGACUGAAUCAGCCAGGUCCACCGAGCAAAGGACUGAAAACUAGCGAUGUGUGAAGAUGCUUUAAACAGAGUGAAGUUUCUACAGAU